AUGGUUCAUGGUUCAAAGCACUCUUUGCAUUACACUGCGUUCCUCCUCUUGCUAUUCACACUCCAAGGCUCCCGAUCCGUCCGUCAGAGCAAAAAUGGGCUGCAAACCGAAGUCUUCCUCUCGCCCAAAUUCAUGUUACAACCCGGGUCUGUUUCAAACAAAUUCUACUACAACAUCGAUUUCCCCAGAGGCCACAUUGCCCUCAAGAGCUUUGAUGCCGAGGUAGUUGACGAGAAAGGGAACUCGAUUCCACUCCACGAAACCUAUCUCCAUCACUGGCUAGUCGUAAGGUACAUUCAAAGAAAAGGCGCAAUCCAAAACCCUGAAAAUCCCGAUUAUGUCAUUGUGAAAAAUGACGGGCUGUGUAAUCAUGGGCUCAUCCAGUAUUUUGGGCUCGGGUCCGAGACGCGAAAAACGGACACUCACGUGCCUGAUCCAUACGGGAUCGAGAUGGGAAAUCCGGCCUUGGUGCCGGAAGGAUAUGAGGAGCUGUGGAUGCUUAACGUGCAUGCAAUCGAUACGCGGGGCGCGGAGGACGCGCCGGGUUGUACCGAGUGCAGGUGUGACUUGUACAAUUUGACGGUGGAAGGGUAUGGGGGUCACCCAUAUAAAGGUGGCUUGAGAUGCUGUGGUGAUGGAAAAAGGUGUAGAGUGAAGGAAGGGUUUGAGGAUGUCCAGAGGAGUCUGUAUCUGAGGUAUAAGGUGACGUAUGUCGACUGGGAUGCCUCGAUUUUGCCGGUUAAAAUCUAUAUAAUUGAUGUGACUGAUCUGUGGACAAGGGAGGAUGGUGACCACAGAGAAAAACACCGUUGCCUGAUUGAGUACGACGUCGAGUCUUGUCCUGUUGGUGUGGCCAAUGAUAGAUGCACACAUACCACCACCGUAAAGGUCAGUUUGCCAACUGGUGGAGAUGUUAUUUACGGGGUUGGGCACCAGCAUAAAGGCGGGAUUGGCUCAACUCUUUACGGCGAGGGAGGAAGAGAAAUAUGCUCGUCUGUUCCAACUUACGGGACGGGAGACGGACCUGGUAACGAGGACGGCUACAUUGUGGGCAUGUCCACCUGUUAUCCUAAGCCCGGCUCGGUCAAGAUUUCUGCUGGGGAGUUUUUGACGCUCGUGUCUAAUUACAGUAGUAAAGAGGCCCAUACGGGAGUUAUGGGUCUCUUUUACCUCUUGAUUCACGAACCCUCGGCCGAACCAAAUGCAGUCUUACAUUCUCCAGCUAAAGCACAAGAUAAUAUCGGUUAUGGUAUUGCUCGGUUCGUAAUUGUGUGGUUCUUCAUUUGUGUGCUCCUCCGUAAGAGUGGAAGAGGAGAAGGAUACUAA